AAAGAAAGAAAGAAAGAGAAAGAAAGAAAGAAAAGCACUGUGGAGAAAAGCAGAUGGGGGGUUAGGAAGUGUACUGGAGGUCAUGGCGGAGAGGGUUGGUGAGAGAAGCCUCAUGAGUCUAAGCGGUCCUUGAGCAAAGCCUUGAAGGAGUAAAGGAUUGCGUUUAGGACACCUGGAGGAGUGUUCCAGGAAGAGGAAACCAUAAAGGCAAAGGCUUGAAUGAGGAACAGUGAGGAGCCCAGGGCCUGGGGAGGAGCAAGCAAGGGAAAGAAGAGAAGGUGGGGAGGUCAGGGAGGGCAGAGGCAGCCGGUGGUGACUUGCUGUUGACGCGAGAAUUCAUCUCUGACUCCGAGUACACCGAGGGAGUCUGAGCAGAGGCGGGUUGCCAGCAUACUUUGUCAUCCCCACCCCUCUGGCCGAAGAGGAUGUACAGCGCUUUCAGGGUCACGGCAUACCAAUAUGGUGUUGGUCCUGCCACAACGGAAGUGCCCUUUUGAAAAUGUCAGCACUGCCCAAAGAACAGGAUGAUGGCAUUUUACAAAUCCAGAGGAGCUUCUUGGAUGGAAUUUACAGGACUAUCCACAGGCCACCCUAUGAAAUUGUUAAAACUGAAGACCUACCCAGCAACUUCCUAUCCCUGCAGGAAAUCCAGGCUGCAUACUCUAAAUUUAAACAGCUGUUUCUGAUAGAUAACAGUAUGGAAUUUUGGGACACAGAUAUAAAGUGGUUUUCUCUGUUAGAAAGUAGCAGCUGGCUUGAUAUCAUCAGACGUUGCCUGAAAAAAGCAAUAGAGAUUACAGAAUGUCUGGAAGCACAAAACAUGAACGUUCUUCUUUUAGAGGAGAACGCUUCCGACCUCUGCUGCCUCGUCUCCUCCCUGGUGCAAGUGAUGAUGGACCCCCACUGUAGAACCAGGAUCGGCUUCCAGAGCCUCGUCCAGAAGGAGUGGGUCAUGGGCGGCCACUGUUUCUUGGAUCGCUGCAACCAUCUCCGCCAGAGUGACAAAGAGGAGGUUCCUGUGUUCCUGCUUUUCUUGGAUUGUGUCUGGCAGCUGGUGCACCAGCAUCCCCCGGCAUUUGAAUUCACAGAGACUUACCUGACUGUUCUGUCAGAUAGCCUGUACAUUCCCAUUUUUAGCACCUUCUUCUUCAAUUCGCCUCAUCAAAAAGAUACAAACAUGGGCAGGGAAAGCCAGGACACACAAAGCAAGCCUUUGAAUCUGCUCACCGUGUGGGACUGGUCUGUACAGUUUGAACCCAAAGCCCAGACGUUGCUCAAAAACCCUCUUUAUGUGGAAAAGCCGAAACUGGACAAAGGCCAGCGGAAAGGCACGCAUUUCAAACAUCAACGACAACUUUCUUUGCCGCUGCCCCAGUCUAAGUCAUCUCCCAAAAGAGGAUUUUUCAGGGAAGAAACAGAUCAUUUAAUUAAGAACCUUCUGGGCAAGAGAAUUAGUAAACUUAUUAAUUCUUCUGAUGAGCUGCAAGACACCUUUCGGGAGUUCUAUGACAGCUGGCACAGCAAGCCUACUGACUACCAUGGCUUGUUGUUGCCUCACAUAGAGGGGCCCGAGAUCAGAGUCUGGGCCCAGCGCUACCUGCGUUGGAUUCCAGAAGCCCAAAUCCUAGGCGGUGGCAGAGUGGCCACCAUGAGCAAACUCUUGGAAAUGAUGGAGGAAGUCCAGAGCUUACAAGAGAAAAUCGACGAGAGACACCACACCCAGGAGGCCCUCCAGGCGGAGGCUCCCUGCCUGCUGAGGAACUCUGCCCGCCUGUCCUCCUUGUUUCCUUUUGCUUUGCUGCAGCGACAUUCCUCUAAGCCCGUGUUACCCACCAGCGGCUGGAAAGCUUUGGGAGAUGAAGAAGAUUUGGCCAAACGAGAAGAUGAGUUUGUGGAUCUGGGAGACGUGUGACUUGCAUACCGAAUGGUCGUGAAGGAGAGAUGCGGGAGGUCGAGACAGUUAAUUCCUGGAUCAGUGUCACACUGCAGCUGACGCAGGGAGCUCACUAGCCCCGGGCCCUGUCGGAGUAAACCUGGGCCUUCAGGAAAGGAGCUGGCUCCUGGUUUGUUUCGUGGUUCUGGAAGACUAUGCAAUUACAACCGUAUCUCUAGUGUUACUAAUGGGAGGGAGUUACCGCGUGACCUGUCAUAGGGCCGUGGCUGUUUUCUGAUGCCUCAGUAUUACACAGAACCUGCAGCGGUGGUUUACUACUAAAAAGGGCUUUUGUGAAUACUCCUGCACUUGAGUCUUUAGAUCUUUUUUUGUGCCAAGGUAAUAAAUCCAGUCAUUGGGAAUAGUAGGUUUCUCUCUAACCAUGUCCGUCAGGAGCAGUUUGGCUGUAUGUGAUAUUAGUGUGGUGAAUUGGGAGCUUCAGAUGGCGGUAUUAAGAUGUAUGGCAUUUACUUAACCAUAGCGUUUUUUCUUUCUCCAUCUUCUUGCCUGUAGAAAAGCGGGAAAGUUCCACCGGGGUAACUUAUCCUAAGGCUUCAGGCCAUCCUCCCGCCUUCCUAGGCUGUCCCCCGGAGGGCUAGGAGGGCUAGCCGACAGUCUGCC